CGAAGUCAAAUGUUUGAAUGUAUAUAGUGUGUUAUUCAAACAUUCCUAGUAUUUCUAUAUUAUACAAUAUGACUCACAAACGAUUCUAAUAUCUAGAGUUUUGAUGCCGCGUCCUCAGUUUGACGCGCUAGUUCAACACGCACGACUUGUGUUUCUUUUUGUAUCAGUGUUAAUACCAAUUUCAACAAUGGCCGAUCCCCAGGAAUUGUCUACAAGUAUUAACCAGUUUGCUGGAAGCCUGUACAAUACGGUUGCUUCUGGCAACAAAGACAAUCUCAUCAUGUCCCCAUUGUCUGUACAAACUGUUCUAUCCCUGGUGUCAAUGGGAGCUGGUGGUAAUACUGCCACACAAAUAGCUGCUGGUUUACGUCAGCCUCUCAAAGAAAAAAUUCAAGAUGACUACCAUGCAUUGAUGAACACUCUUAAUACACAAAAAGGUGUAACUCUGGAAAUUGCCAACAAAGUUUACGUUAUGGAAGGCUAUACAUUGAAACCCACCUUCAAAGAAGUUGCCACCAACAAAUUCUUAGCUGGAGCAGAAAACUUGAACUUUGCCCAAAAUGCUGAAAGCGCUAAAGUUAUCAACACUUGGGUAAGGGAAAAAACUCAUGACAAAAUUCAUGAUUUGAUCAAAGCCGGUGAUCUAGACCAGGAUUCAAGAAUGGUUCUUGUCAAUGCAUUGUACUUCAAGGGUCUUUGGGAGAAACAAUUCAAGAAGGAAAACACUCAAGACAAACCUUUCUAUGUUACUGAAACAGAGACAAAGAAUGUACGAAUGAUGCACAUUAAGGAUAAAUUCCGUUAUGGAGAAUUUGAAGAAUUAGAUGCCAAGGCUGUAGAAUUGCCCUACAGGAACUCAGUUGCCAUGUUAAUCAUUUUGCCAAACAGCAAAACUGGUCUCCCCGCUCUUGAAGAAAAAUUACAAAAUGUUGACUUGCAAAACUUGACUCAACGCAUGUACUCUGUUGAAGUUAUUUUGGAUCUGCCUAAAUUCAAGAUUGAAUCUGAAAUUAAUUUGAAUGAUCCUCUGAAAAAGUUGGGUAUGUCUGAUAUGUUUGUUCCUGGAAAAGCUGAUUUCAAAGGAUUGCUUGAAGGAUCUGAUGAGAUGUUAUAUAUUUCUAAAGUAAUUCAAAAAGCUUUCAUUGAAGUAAAUGAAGAAGGUGCUGAAGCUGCAGCUGCCACAGCUUGCCACGUCCGUAUGAAGCGUUCUUUGCUGGUGUCCGAAAACCCUAUUUCAUUUAAUGCUGAUCAUAUGUUUACAUUCAUGAUUGUUGAUAGUGGUGUUUCUAUGUCUAAGCAAACAAAAGUUAUAUUUAGGGGUUGUGAAAAACCGUGGAUUGCAGUCCAUGUUUUAACCAAUAAAGCUCGUGUUUUAUUACUCUUUUUCCGGACACAAAUAGGUUACUAUACACGAUUAGCUGGUUGA